AGACGACACGCCGCUUAACGUGCGCCUAACUAUAUUAAAACGGUUUGUCAAAAAAAAACAGGGAAAAUUGGACUUAAAAUUCCUGUAAAUACUGUGGAAAGGAUGAGAAUAAAUGCUUUAAUUUCUAGCUACAAGAAUCUGAAUCAGAAAUAACGUCGUGGCGAUUUGCCUAAUUAAUUGAAACAUAUGAACAAAAGCAAAGCCAUAACAUUAAAGUAAAGCGAUAUUUAGAUAUAUAAACGAAAAAGCUAGUGAGUUCUGUCUAUAUAAUAAAAACUAUAAUGUCCACGAAAAGUCAGUCUGCGAAAUCCGGAAACCGGGGAAAACCAUCUUUUUUUCAAAGGCUUUUUGGAAAUUUUUGCUCUUGUUUUCAAGAUGCACAAAUUGAGGAUCACAACGAAAAGGAUGCAACUGCUUCUAAAUCAAGAAAGACAUCGCUGUCUCCUACUCUCAAUACACCGCAUAGGUUAAGCCAUGCACCGCGGAGUUCAGAUUCAGAUACGCAUACGCAUACGACUACCCAAGGACCCGAACGCGUGUUGGAGUCUCCCACUCCCGCGCGUACUUCUGUAUCUUUAGAGUCUGCGUUUACCCCUAGUAAUGUCAGUGAAAGAGAGGUUGGUGAGGAAACAGAACUUGAAAGUAAUCAUGUUCACUUUCGUGAACAACCGACUGAAGUAACUGAGACUCCUGAGAUUCCUUUACCCGAAGUUAAACGAUAUGGAGAUGGACAAUGGCUUUUACCUCCAAUCGCCAAAGAAGAUGAAGGCAAAAAAUGCCUCAUUUUAGACUUGGAUGAAACCCUUGUUCAUUCUUCGUUUAAAUACAUUGAGCCAGCAGAUUAUGUUGUUUCCAUAGAAAUCGAUGGCGUAUACCAUGAUGUUAGGGUCGUAAAACGUCCGGGUGUCGAUCUGUUUUUACAGCGAAUGGGCGAAAUUUUUGAAAUUGUUGUCUUUACUGCGUCCCUUGCCAAAUAUGCAGAUCCCGUCUUAGACAUGUUAGAUAAUUUUCAAGUUGUUCGGCAUAGACUUUUCCGAGAGGCUUGUUGUAACUAUGAAGGAAAUUUUGUUAAAGAUCUUUCUCAACUGGGAAGAAACUUGGAAGAUGCAAUCAUUCUCGAUAACUCUCCAUCAAGCUACAUUUUUCAUCCCUCUCACGCUGUCCCUAUAUCUUCCUGGUUUAAUGACAUGCACGAUAUGGAGUUAUUAGAUUUAAUCCCCUUUCUAGAGCAUCUGUCUCGGGUUUCAGAUGUUUCCACAGUACUAAACUUACAGUUAUAAUAAUUGUCCUCUAAAGCCCAAAAAAGCCUUUAUGGCCGUUCUUUUUGUCAAUCUUAAUAUGAUGUUUUUCCAAUUCUAUAUGGACAUCAGCAGCUGUUGCGUGAAAAUAUAUCUUGCAAACAGCUCAGCUUUGAAACCCUUCUCUUACCAUACCCAAAUUGGUAAUAUAUAUCAUUCAUUACAUAAUCUACGAGAGUUGCAAUCGAAAUUGUUUUGGUUGCCUUUAUACUAUAUACAUUACUUUCUAACACUGCUUGAUGAUGAAAACACACACUCUCUGAUUUUAAUGUUUUCUAUUUUCACCUUGCACAGCAGCUAAAAGAAUUUUGCAUGUGUCGUACGACAGGGUUAGACCUAAUUCUGAUGUUUUUAUUCAUUUAAUAUUCAUGUACUUUAAUAACAUGGAAGCUCUGGAAGCGAGUAAAGAACGUGCAACGUGUUUUUUUUUUCGUCCUACUCAUACUGACCAUUUAUAAUAAUUUUUGAUCGCAGUAUUACAUUCAUUCAACACCUUAACGAAAUCAAUAUAUAAUCUAAGAAUUAACUAGAUAAACAAACUCAGUAUGG